CAUCUCAGAUGCAAAAAAGAAAUACAAAUGGUCUAAGUUUUCCCGCCAAUAUCAACCGCAAAUGUUACCACCAGAGAGCGCCGCGCGCAGUCCGCUUCGUUGUUGUCGGCGUCGGUCAUUUCAGAUUUCGUGGUUAUUGUUUCGUAUUUUCGGCAAAUUAAAUUAAAAUAAGACUCAAAGUUCAGUGUUCGUGAAUAACUUUCAACAUGAUUUCAUCGGCCGUUCCCUCCGUGUUGAAAGACAACGUGCGCGAACUUAUACCAACAGCAAAAAUUCUGGUUGUCGGUGCUGGAGGAAUUGGUUGCGAAGUGUUAAAAAAUUUGGCCCUCUCCGGUUUUUCCGACAUAGAAAUAAUUGAUUUGGAUACGAUAGACGUUAGUAACCUUAACCGACAAUUCCUGUUUCGUAAGGAGCACGUCGGCAAAUCGAAAGCCGAGGUGGCGAAGGAAAGUAUUUUAAAUUACAAUCCAGACAUCAGUAUUAAAGCAUAUCACGAUAGCAUUACUAGUCAAGAGUAUGGCGUUAAUUUUUUCAAGAGAUUCAGUGUCGUCCUAAACGCUUUAGAUAAUAGGGCUGCUCGCAACCAUGUUAAUCGAAUGUGUUUGGCCGCAGAUGUCCCGUUAAUUGAGUCGGGCACUGCCGGAUACUCCGGUCAAGUGCAGUUCAUUAAGAAAGGCGUUACGCAAUGUUACGAGUGUCAACCGAAACCACCUCAGAAAUCGUUCCCUGGCUGUACCAUCAGAAAUACUCCGUCUGAGCCCGUUCAUUGUAUUGUUUGGGCCAAACAUUUAUUUAAUCAAUUAUUUGGCGAAGACGAUCCCGACCAGGACGUAUCUCCCGACACGGCCGAUCCGGAAGCGGCGGGAAGUGUCGCUAACAAUUUGCAUCAAUCGACAGACGCGGGAAACGUUCAGCGAACCUCUACUCGACAAUGGGCACAACAGACAGAUUAUAGUGACGUCAAACUGUUUAAUAAAUUCUUCAACGACGACAUUAACUACCUGCUAUCAAUGGAGAACCUGUGGAAGUCGCGUAAACCUCCGGAGCCGAUAACCUGGGAAGCGGCGACUGCGUGCGAAGGCGAAAAGAAGGAGAUCUCGGAUGAUGUCGCAUCGGAUAUGGAAGUGUGGCCGAUGUAUUUGUGCGCAGAAAUCUUCUCCUCGACGAUUGGCACGUUAAAAAAGGAACUUGUAAAUAAAGAGUUUUUGAUUUGGGAUAAGGACGAUAAGGUCGCGCUGAACUUCGUUACCGCUUGCGCCAAUAUAAGGGCGCACAUUUUCUCAAUUGCGAAAAAAUCACGUUGGGAUAUUAAAUCCAUCGCCGGAAAUAUUAUUCCCGCCAUUGCCACCACCAAUGCGAUGAUAGCGGGACUCGUCGUACUUAUCGCCUUCCGUGUACUCGCAGAGGACUAUGAAGAAUGCCAAUCUAUUUAUUUGCGCCAGAAAUCGGUACAUUCCAACAUCAUUUUGGCUCCCGAUUUCUUCAUCGAUAAGGCGAAUCCUAAUUGCUAUGUGUGUGCGGAACAACCAUAUGUUUCCGUCUACGUAAAUGUGGAGGAAAUGACUGUGAAAGAAUUCGAAAGCGAAGUGCUGAAGAAAACGUUGAAUAUGAUUGCUCCUGACGUUAUUCUCGAUGGAAAAGGAGUUUUUGUUAUAUCCUCCGAGGAAGGCGAAACUGAGAUUAAUAACGACAAGAAACUAUCCGCACUUGGAAUUGUCGACGGGAGCAUCUUAAAAGCAGACGAUUUCCUCCAAAACUACAAUUUAACCAUUGGAAUUACGAAUUACAUAGCUGAAAAGGAUGAGCCGUUAUUUAAGAUUGAUGCAAAAAGUGAAGAGUUACAGCCCAACCAACAAAACGGUAGACAGAACGGUAGUACUGACAAAAGCGCACAACAAGAAAAUGAUAUGGAAGUGGACGAUGAUAAAAAUGAUGUGGAGUUUAUCGCGCCACCUGUCGAUGAUGAUGAUCCUCAAGAAGGUACUUCCACAAAAAAACGGAAGUUAAAUCCGCCAGAAGACGAAGAUGAAGAUCUUAUAAUGUUGGAUGAUCCUUAAAACGAUCGUGGGUGUUGUAAUUUUUAUUUUCUCAAAUCUAAAAACGAAACAGUUGUAUACAUUUUUUGUAUUAAAUAAUUACCCGUCA